AUGAUUAAAAAGAGGACCAAGACGUUCAUCAGGCACCAUUCAGACCAGUAUGUCCAAAUUAAGCGCAACCGGCGGAAACCCAGAGGCACAGACAGCAGGGUGCACAGAAGACUCAGGCGCCAGAUCCUGAUGCCCAGCACUGAUUACGGGAGCAACAAGGAAAAAAAGCACACUCUGCCCAGUGGCUUCCGGAAGUUCCUAGUCCACAGCGUCAAGGAGCGUGACAUGCUGCUGAUGAGCCACACGUCUCACGGUGCAGAGACAGAUCACAGUGGCUGCUACAAACCCACCAUGGAAAGAGCAGCCCAGCCAGCCAAUCCCAAUGCCAGGCUGCACAUUGAAGAAAGCAAGACAGCUUACGUGCACAUUGCAUUUGGGUUAAUAAAACUAUAA